AUGGAUGUACCCCGGCCUUUUCUUCUCCUCCUGUGUGCCCUCCACCUGACCUUGACCGGAGUGUUUAGUAACCACAUAGAUCACAGAAACCUGAUCACACAGAGGCUGUGCUGCAAGAGACAGAGCCACUUUGUCUACAUUGGAGAAGACAUCUCUGGGAGUCCUGUCAGUGUGGAUGUGGGGGUGUGCAGGUCGCACUGUGGGGGGGCACCCAGGCCCUCACAUGAAGCAGGGCAGCAGGAAUACUCCAGACAUUCCUCAAUGCUGGAAUUUCUCAGGAGUAAAAAAACGAGGGCGCGCGGACCCUCAGCUCCAGAGAGCCCCGGGCCGCAGGGCCAGCUGUCCUCCUGCGGGAUGAACCAGGUGUGUGAGCCAACCGGGGUGCGCGUGGACCGGCUGCUGCUGCUGGAGGGACCCCGCGAGUUGGAUAUCAUCCAGGAGUGCCAGUGCGAGCUCAAUCUGACCCAGUGCCUCCGCGUGCCCGCGCUCAGGACUUACUACAGCGAGACACCAUAUGAGGCUGUCUUGGACGUGGGAGGCUGCUCCCGGUCCAAGGGUUCACCAGAGGGAUUCUCCUGUGUUCCCACUAAGUUUGACUCAGAGUUGGUGGAAACCCCAAACAAAGUGGAGCUGAUCCAGACAGUGGUGUCCUGUGAGCUGAAAGAAAGCUGCUACAGGGUCCCAUACAUGGAGUAUCACUACGAAGUAGUCCACAACGAUGGAGUCAAAGAGGAGAGACUUAAAGAAAUAGACGUUGGCAGAUGUUUGGGAGGCUGCACUACAGGAACCCGAUGCCUUCUCAGAAAUCAAUCUGAUCCAGCAGUUUGCCACUUGUGGGCUGAAAAACAGUCCAGCUCCUGUGUUCCUGAGGGCUAUGAGACCCACAGCUUCCUCGACCAGCAUGGACAGAUACGCACUAUCCUCUCCAUCAUAUCCUGCCUUUGUCAAAACUGACCACAGCGCCCCCUACUGGAAACCACUUCAAAUCCCUUCUCAGGAGUUUUCAACAGUCCAUUGUCGACCCCACCAAAAAGUCUGACAUCCGUUUAAGAAUUAGUUCUCCUAAAGUAUUUUUGUAUUAUAUGUAAUAUAUGUUUAAAUGAUAAUUUUGUAAAUAAAUUUAAUACAAUAAUCUGUGAGGUAUUUGUUAACUGGAGCACCCUAUUUGUACCAAAAACACGAAUAAAAAAUAAAUAUUUCUAAGAAAUAUAACCUCAAAUAGCACUUGAGAAACUUCCCCACAUAGCAAAUACAAGGUGUAGCCUUCUGUAACAUUAUUAUAUCAAUGUCAUUACUUAAAAAAAGUUAUUACUGUGGGGUUUGAGUUAAGAAAAACAAGGAAAUAUAACAGUCACAAGAGGAAGUAUUGGCAUGCUUGACAUGCAGAUGUGGGAAGUAACGAGUACAUGUACUCAAGCACUGUAAGUACACUUUUGAGAGACUUGA